AGUGCUGUCCAUCUAUGUUGAUACAGAUCUGAAAAAAACUGGACUAACGGAGCGUCUGCCUACGUUGCUUUUCGCAUGGACUAAUUUUUUGUUUUAUACAGAGGGCAAAGUUUUUCAACGCGGGGGAAAAUUGUUCACCUUUAGCUCCACUAGUUAGUGACCUGGCUGCAACAUCUGGGCACCUCUCUGCUACUGUACAAAAGUGAAGGUUGAUAUGCAACAUCAGUGAUGGAGCCCAUGACGGUGACGACGUCAGUGGUCGGGCCGGAGGAGUUCGAUCGCAAUGCCCCCCGGAUCUGUGGCGUCUGUGGGGACAAGGCCACUGGCUUCCACUUCAAUGCCAUGACCUGUGAGGGCUGCAAAGGGUUCUUCAGGCGCAGCAUGAAACGUAAAGCUUCUUUCACCUGUCCGUUUAACGGGAGCUGCACCAUCACUAAGGACAACCGGCGUCACUGCCAGGCCUGUCGUCUUAAACGCUGCAUUGACAUCGGCAUGAUGAAAGAGUUCAUACUGACAGAUGAAGAGGUUCAACGGAAAAGGGACAUGAUAAUGAAGAGAAAAGAGGAGGAGGCAGCCCGAGAGGCCAUGAGGCCCCGGCUGAACGAGGAACAGGCUCGGAUCAUCUCCUGCCUGGUGGAAGCUCACCACAAGACCUACGAUGCCUCCUAUUCUGACUUCACACGCUUUAGGCCCCCGGUACGCGAAGGCCCGGUUACACGCAGUGCCAGCAGAGCUGCCUCUCUUCACUCACUCUCUGAUGCCUCGUCUGACUCAUUCAACCACUCACCUGAAUCAGUGGACACCAAAAUGAACUUCAGCAACCUGUUAAUGAUGUACCAAGAUGGCGCAAGUAGUCCAGACUCCAGUGAAGAGGACACAAAACUUUCCAUGCUGCCCCACCUGGCUGACCUGGUGUCCUACAGCAUUCAGAAGGUUAUAGGCUUUGCCAAGAUGAUCCCAGGCUUCAGAGACCUGACAGCAGAGGACCAGAUCGCUCUUUUAAAGUCAAGUGCCAUUGAGAUCAUCAUGCUGCGUUCAAACCAGUCAUUCAGUCUGGAAGACAUGUCCUGGAGCUGCGGAGGACCUGACUUUAAGUAUUGCAUCACCGAUGUGACAAAGGCGGGUCACACUCUGGAGCUGUUGGAGCCACUGGUGAAAUUCCAAGUCGGUCUGAAGAAACUCAACCUGCACGAGGAGGAGCACGUGCUGCUGAUGGCCAUCUGCCUGCUCUCCCCAGAUCGUCCCGGUGUCCAAGACCACACCCGCAUCGAGCAGCUCCAGGACCACCUGUCCGAAGUGCUGCAGGCCUACAUCCGAGUCAACCACCCAGGUGGACGUCUGCUCUACGCCAAGAUGAUCCAGAAGCUGGCUGACCUGCGCAGCCUGAAUGAGGAGCACUCCAAGCAGUACCGCUCGCUCUCCUUCCAGCCCGAGCACAGCAUGCAGCUGACCCCGCUGGUGCUGGAAGUGUUUGGCAGCGAGGUGUCAUAGCGGUGGAGGAGGCCUGCGUGUAUGCAUUCACACGCUCGUAACACAAAGGAUGAGUAACCAACCCCUGCUGCCUUUUCCCCAAGAACGCCACUGCCCUCAUAAAAACCUGGGCAUGUGGGAGAAAGAUGGAUAAUCUGACAGGUAGACAGUAAUCUUCACCUCUUCAUCAUCUCUUCAUCCUCCUAACCUCAAGCUACAAGACUCAGACAACUGGACCUCUGGAUUUACAAAAAUGAAACACACUAAACAGGUUCUUGCUUUCUGUUGCACUUGGAUAAUCAGAUUUUAUUUUUGCUUCUGGAUUUGCAAACACUGUACAGAAUCAGAUUUCAUUACAUCACACAGAUCCAGACUCAUUGACAUCCUGGUCCUCUCUCCAUCCCCAAACUCGAAAAAUCACCCCUUAAUCAUGACGGCCUUUCCUCAAAAACUACUAGAUUCCUGCCACUUUUCCUGCAGUGGAGACAGUUGGAUGGACACAAAUGUCUCAUCCUCUUUGUAACAUUGCACCAUGUUCAGGCCACUGCCACAAUACACAGGAGCAAAUGCACAGAUUUACUUUCAUUACCCAUGCUGGGUGAUAAACUCGGUUUAGAUAGCUAUUAACUCUUGUUGGUUUACAGUUUUCAAAAGCAAAGACAUCCAAAUAUAUUAAAUAUCAGAAGCCAUCGGCAAGCUUACAGUAAUCUCAUAGAAAUACAAAGUGAGAGUGGAGGAGGCGUGUUUCCCUGUGAAUCUGUGCAUGUAGUCUCAGAUAAUGUAAUAGACUGAAGAAGGACAUUUAAGUAGGAAAGCGUCAGGAUGGGAAUGGUGGGAAGGAAGGAGGAAACGAGGUUGGAUAAAUGGAGGGAGGUGCUACAGAUGAUGGAAUUCCUUUUUCACAGGACAAAAAGGAAUUCAGUAAAAAAGAAUGUAUGUAUAAAUCUAUAUAAAUAUAAAUGAUACGUAUAAGCUGACAUACAUAGGAAAACAUGGUUGCUUCCAUGGAAGCAAAUAGUUCUGACUAUUGUACUAUGUAGAGGAUUUGAAGGCCUCUCCUCUGUUGUGUGUGUGUGUGUGUGCGUGUGUGUGUGUGUGUGUGUGCGUGUGUGUGUGUGCGUAUAUGUCAUAUUUCAAAAGGCAAAUACACACACACACUGAGAAGCGUGUGAGGAGUCCUUUUAUUCGCGAGAUAUGUGUACAGAGAGGGAGAAUAUUGAUGGACCACUGGGGGGUGUGUGUACAGGCUCUGACUGAGGGUCUAGUGCAGGGAAGCAUUUUUUUGGACCUGUGAAGUUUGUAGAGUGACAUACGCAAACACAACUUCAUGUUGCAUGGAUAGUGACUAUCCAAAAGUAUUUGUUCAGCUGGUUAGAUUGCUGCUAAGACAGAGCUGCGUAGUUGGAGAGAAACCAGCUACCAGCUGUUGCCUCAGGGAAAAGUUUGUCUGAUGAUAUUGUGUACUUGGUGUUUACGAUGUGUGCGGCGUAAGCGUACAAUCAUGAGACAGAGAUUGUUUUUGAAGCUCUAGGCAUCACUGUGAUUUCUAAUCAUACUAAAUAACAGCAGGAGGAAGCUAAAAGAGGGACUUUUUGAAAUAAUAAUUAAUGCGAGACUUUGUUUUCUAAGCUUAUCUGAUCAAAGAAAUUACAUUAGGGGUCAUAAUUAAUACAUUUCAAAUGCAGACUCAUUGGUGUGAAAAUAUCUGCCUUAGCUUUAGUUUGUCUGAUUGUUUUUUUCCCCCAAAGUCAGAACAGUAGCAAUAUACAGUAGUUUAAUGUUGUGAAUGAAAUCCUGAAGAUGCUCUUAGUAGCAGAGUAGCGAUACAAAGCACGAGAAAGAUUUUCUUUUUUUGUACAAAAGAUAAACUCAAGCCUCAUAUCUUUUUAUCACAUUUGUAUCAUUUCAACACCAGCCACAUAAGCGAGGUUUAGAAUGUUAAUUUUCAACAUCACUACAUAUCAUACAUCACAUUUCUGUUGACACAGUGUUUGCUCACCCUCAUGCAGACCUGGACCACCCCCUUGUGGACAAACUUUGUAAAUACCACUUGCUAAUUCUGUACAUAUUUAGAAUUUAACGUAGGAUAAUAUACGAAGAGAAUUCACUUGUUAAUGGCGAGAUGCUCUGCUAUAUGCAAUUAGGAGUUGAACUCUUAUGUUUUAUUCUGCUAGAACGGACAGAAGUGGCAAUUCUGGACAGGUUGCUGAGCUGUUUCAGGGAGAACCGGAGAAGACUGCUGGCUUUUUGUCUUUUUGACAUUAAGUGAAAAGAAUUGUACCUGUUUUAUAUUAGUAAAAUACCACCACAGCUAAAGAAACACCUGUUAUAAACAGGUAACCUUCUUCCUACUGAAUUGGCCAAUAUAGUCUCAAAUAGUGGACAAACAUCAAUGAGACUUUGAAAAAAAGAUGUUUUAUAAUUACAAACACUUCAUAUGAUUAAACAUUCCCAGUGGCAUUUGUUUUUGAGCAUUCCGUCUACACAGUAUACACACAGUUGGUGUAAGCAUCCUAACACACUGGCGGCCUUUGAAACGUGUCCAACAGCUCAGUAACUUCUCACUAGUAAAUGUCUUCUCUGUCCAUUUCAGGCUUAUGGAUGUAUGUCUUUUUCUCUCUCCUUCUAAAGUCAAUCGAUAAGCUCUUGACAAUUAUACAGUAUAUUCAUAAUCUUUUCAUUUUGGUGAACAUCUGAUUUUAUUUACUGAUUUAAUUUUGUUCUUUUCAAGACUGUCACUUGUAUUGCGUGUCAGAGUUUGCCGUCUUGCUGGCGCUUGGCUUGCUGCGCUGCAGUGUCGUUUUAGUGAAGCAAAGAUGAGCAAAGCGGACUCCUGGAGCCGUUUUCCAAGAACAAGCUUCUUCUUCCCUUUUUUUCCCCCUUAUAUCAAGUGAGUGAAGAUGGAAUAGCUUUUUUUUAACUCACAUAGUGGCUUCAUCCUCACAUACGGGGAAGGGAAGGAACACUGACACUGAUUUUUGUUAAUGGAAGGAAAGAAGUCAGUGUCGCUGUUUUCCACCUGGAGCUGGAUCAUUUCUUUGUGAACGGAGAGGCAGUCCCCAACUCUGUAUAGAAAAACAAAAACAUCUCCUUCUUCAAACCCUCAUGUGAUAAACUAACACUGCCUCAACUGACUUUCACAGGAUUUAGCCAACGCAAACUGUUGCAGCUACAGCAUGGGCGUGCCUCUUUUUUCAUCAACCAUCUAACCACCUCUUGUUCUGCAAUAACCAGUUACAGCAGGAUUACUCUUCAUAGCUUUAACUCAGCAGCGAGUCAAGCUCUACUUUGGAAAACUGUGGUGCACCAAGGGCUGAUGGGAGUGUAAGUUUUAGGGGCCACAACUGCUGUGGAAUUGUACAGGUCGCUCAAAUGUGGAGAUGACAACCGAGAAUGGCUCCUCUGUCCGACUCGACCCAGGAAACCUUUGGAGUGGACCUCUAGAAGACUGUGUAGAAUCUGUAUAGAGGAUUAAAGGAGAUAAAAGAUUUUUUAAAAAGAGAAUUGCCACAGAUGUGCAGACUUAGUGACACACUGUAAAGUGUGCACUGACUGACUGAUACGUCGCCUGUUAAAAUCCAAAGCGGGAUGUUACCUUUGUCACUGCUCUGCCUCUCGCAUCGCAGCUGUUUAAAUUCAGAUUUGUUUUGUUUUGUUUUAAAGUAAUCGUCAUUUGCUAAAGAACAGUUGUUGACAGACUUUUUACAUUUACAUCUACAUCAUCUGUUUCAAAAGGAAUGAAGGAGAGGGUGAUGGUGCGAGAGUCUGCUCACUUGUAAGGAUUCCCUAUUUAACUUUGCUAUGCUGCUGCUGGAUGCUGACUCCUCUCUGGAGAAGCCCUACUUGCCAUUAUUAAUGUCUAUAUUUAGGGUUAAACAUGAAACAUCUGGCUUAUACAUUUUAACCUAAUAGUUGUAGCUGAUGCUAGAGGCCGUUAGCGUUUAAAAGAAUCCAAACAAUGCUCAAGUCUCUCGCACCAUUACCCCUCCUCCCUUCAACCCAGGUCAGCAGCUCCACCUCAGUAGCCUUACUUACAGCAACCUCACUCAGCUGGAAACAUUUAACAGAUACCUCAGUAAUGUACAGGACAACUUUUCACAAUAGCCUUGAAGGGAACCAAACAUAAACUCAUACCACAGAUAUACUCAGCACACACCAAUAUAAACACACACACUACAACUCUCUCCUCAGCAACCUUUGCAGUGUUCGUUCAUAAGAUAUACAGGAAACUAGUUGCCAAUUGUUGUAAAAAGGUUGUUAGGUAGAAUCCUGUUGUGAGUAGGCCAGUGGAUCCCAAUGUUUCUCAAUGUUAACUUUCACACUCUCUUGUUUUUUUUCUCUUUACUCACUUGCUGUCAUCUCUGCUUUGCUCUCUUUUUUCUUCGGACUUUGUCGUCUCUCUGUCUCUGUAAACGGACGACGCACCGCUAAGCUUUAGCAGUGCGUUUAGCCAAACAUACUACCUCUCCCUUCUGCACAUAAAUUUAUAAAUAUAUAUAUUUUUGUCGCAGCAUGAUUGUGCUUAAUAUAAAACAUCCAUUUUUACGUUAACACUAAUUUAGAAGUUUUUUGGUGCAUUUGUACAGUAUAUUCCUUUUUAUCUCUUUUUUUAAAAAAUGCUGGAUGAUAUCUAUUUUUUUUUUACUUCAAAUUUCUAUAUAAGCCUACAAAUUUUAAACUCACUCUAAUCUGAGGCCUCAUUAGCUCCACUUUCUCACCUAAGUGUAUAGAUGCAUGUUAAAAAUGAUGCAUGAAAGUGAGGCUACAUUCAGAGCAGCAGAAAGUGCCAGAAUUCUUUUGGAUUCUUUUUAUGUCUCAAAGAGCAGAUUUAUGUUUUUUAAAUUAUUAUAAUUAUUAUUAUUGUUUUACCCAGGACAGAAAAAAAACCCAUUUGUUUAGGUAAAUAUCUAAAUGAGCAACUUAUUGGUGGAACAGACAUAAUUUUGAUGAAACGGUAACUUUACAAAGUCCCCUUUACCAAGCACAACAGCUGACUCGAUUGGUGACGUUUUGUAGUCUGAAGUGGAAGAAGCAUCGUAUAACAGAACUUUGAAAUGACUGAGAGGUAGAGCCUGACUGAUUUAUUGGCAAGGCGAUAUUAUUGGACUGUAUUUGCUAUUUUUUGUUAUCUGCAUUUUUAAUUGAAAAUAGAAAUGGAAAGAAGAAACAGAAGAAACACCCUUCAGCCAUGUUGCGAAUGGUGAUAUUACAUAGUUUUUCCACCAGAGGGCACUUGGCACAAAUAACACGCGGCUGAUCUGAGGUGAGCUGGAUAGAAGGUGAACAAGUAAAUAAAUAACUACACAUAACAAAUGUUCAGGAAAGUUGUGUGUAUCGUGCAUACGAAAAAAAAAUAAUCAGCCGAUAUUUUGGAAUAUUGGAUUUUCAUACCACUCGAUUUUAGAAUCGACCUUGAAUAUCCUGUAUCAGUCAGGCUCUACUGCGAGGUGUGCGGGACCUAAAAACAGUUUAUAAAAAUUCUGAAGAGAGAUGUGUCAUAAACUCAGCAAAAUAAUAGUGACAAGUUUAACAUUUAUGGAAGUACAUUUUCUUGCUUUCAUGAAGCAAGUUAGACGUUUGAUUAAUACCACUUUGGCUUGGUGCAAAUAUUAAAUGGUGACUUUGUUUCUGUAACAAGAUGUAAAGUUAUAUAAGCUCCAUAUUUUACCUCCACCCAUACAAACGUUGCUGUUAAAGUGGACCUGUUAUGUUUUCUCUAUUCGUUUGGGGGGUGGGGCUUGGUAUCAUUUAUAUAUACACUUAUGAUGGAAGCUACUCAUAUUAAAUAUGGCCGAAGCUUCAAAUAAUGAAUGGCUUAUGUACAAGUAAUCAUUGUGAGCCAAAACCUCGACUCUGUUUUUAUACUCCUAGAUCUGUAUGAUGCCUUUGGUCUUGGUGUAAGCUUCACCUAGUUGCUGUACACACUAUGUGUGUCUAUGAGGGGCAACCAAUCAGAAGAAAGUUAGCUUAGGGGGAGGGUUCCCUUAGAGGAAAGGAAUGUUUCGAACAGGAUGAACUGUGGCGCUGCACCAAGGACAAGUAUAAGCUAAAAUAAAGGAUGUUCUUUUUUUUAACCGUGAAUCAUGCCAACUACUCAGUACAGUCCAACAAUAAAAAUAUGGGGCUGGAAAUAAGCAUCACAGGUCCACUUUAAGGUAACUGUCUCCAGGAUGUAGCUUUAUAUUAGGCAUACAGACAUGAGAGUGGUAUGAAUCUCAUUUAUACCAUUGCAAGAAAGCAAGCAUCACGCUGCCCCGACUAUUCAUUUAAACAACAAAGUCACAGAAUGCAUAAAAGGUAAAGUUGAGAGCAGUUAAUCAAAGACAAAGCAGGGACAAAAUACAAAUGAGUGAUUUUAAAUCAAAAUAUACUUGAAAAGCUUGAGUUUCAUGAGGCUAAUUGAUCGCAUGUCAAAAUAGAGACAGUUCAUUAUGAGCAGUCUGGAAUCGAGUCUCAUGGCUUGUUGUAUGAAAGUAGCAUAAAGCCAGAGAACCUAAGUGCAAACUUUACAAACAAACCAAAAGAAUCUGAGCUUUGCGAAACAAGAGGAAGCUGGUCCCACUUGAGUCUGCUCUUCAGUUAAUCAAAAUAAUACGCUAACAGAUGUUUGUCUCUACUGACCCACUGUUGUUGAUGAAUUCAUCCCACACAGUCAGAAACCUCUCAGUCAAACUUAUGUAAAUGUUGUCAGCUUCAGCUCAGAUAAUGAGAAAUGUAGUUCGACUUUGACAACAUUGUUUCCCCCCUAACAUUCAAAAUGUAAAAAAAUAACACCCACCACAGUGACCCUCGAACAGCUUGUUUUCCCGUUACUGUCUGUGUGUGUUUGUGUGUGCGUGUGUUUUCUUUUUCUCUAGUGCCCUUCAGUUGUCUGAUAAGGGUUUACAACAUUGGGAUCCUAUUUUAGAUACAGUAACAGUUUUGGGUUCUUUUGCAUCAAAGUAUCACACACCUGCACCAGCCCAGCACUUCUGCCUUCUUCUAACUAUGAAUGCUUCAGCUAUGUGCUGCUCUCACUUAGCUUUCUAAUUAAAGCAGGCAUUUAGAAAUAUAUGAUAUGAAUGACUUAGCGAGACUUCACUGUGGCAUUCUAGAAAUUAAUGGGUCAUGUUUCAGCUCACAGCAUGUGCUUUUGGUUUUCUAAGGUUCAUUUAGUAUCCUCAUCUGUUGCUGAUGGAAACCUUUUGGCAGAUGCUUCAUUCAAUUUGCCUCCUGAUUGAUGUCAUAUAGUGUCCUUAAAACCAUUAUUAGGAUUAGUCUUAGUUUACACUUAAACGAGCUGUAUUCUGAACAACAGGCUGUGACUCUGAUUCAUAUGUUGCCUGUGUUUGAACCUAAGGAGAGCGGACAGAUAGAAAGCCAGCUUUUCUGUUGUCUAACAGAUGGAUUUCACUCUAAACAGAUUGUCAUCUGUUGCAUUUCUUUGCUACCUCUUUCAAUAUGCGCUUACACAGACACAGACACACACACACACACACUGAAAAAGCUGCACUCAAAGGUCAAUAUGCACCCAUUUGUAACUGACUGUAAAAAGACAGUGAACACAUGACACACACUCAAACACAUGCACACUUGUGCCCACUUCUUUUCCCUCACCAGCAGUUUUUUGCCAAUGAUGCACUUGUGUUUUUGUCUCCAAAUGCUCUGCAAAACAUAUGUUUAAAAAAAAUGUAAAAAAUAAUUAGUCAUCAAGUUUUAUUUUUUUAAAACCUGUAAUCUCCAUAGUAAGACCUGGGCUAGCCAGGUGCUUAGAAGUGAGUAGGUUUUUCAUUCAUCCAUUUAGAAAGUUUCAUGUCUUUAAAAAAAAGAGAGAAAAGAAACAUAAAUGCACAUAUUUCUCAGCUCAGUUGUACCUUGGUGUGCCUAGAACCCACAGCCUUAUUUUGGGACAAUAUCAGGGGUUUUAACCAGAAUACACGAUGUUCUAUAGAGGACAGUUGAGUUUUAUCGAGUAGCCCUCCCCAACCCUCCCUUUAUUUCCACAAUCGGUUUUACGAUGUGCAUGUGGAAGGUGCGCAUCCUCCACAGGGUGUGCUAUGUCAGUGUUUCAGCUAGUUGUGAUUCUUUAUUUAUUCCCCUUUCAGACGACACUUUAGAGUUAAAGCAAACAGAAAAACAAGCAAGAAAAAAAAACAUUUUGGAGUCUGAUUUAAAAAAAUUUAAUCUAAUUUGGCUUGAUUAAAACUCUUUUUAAAGGGUUUCCAGUAGAUAACGAUCUAUUAUGUAGGUCUGCGUAUUUCGUGUAGAAUAAAAAUAAAAGUUUAAGUAAUAAUUGAUCUCACCAGAGUCCCAAAAUAAGUACUUUUACUUUCACACAUGCACACCACCAUGCAGUAAAACUCAGCAGAUCUCAGUGCUUUGAGCAGAAAUUUGUCUUUUUCAGAAUACACAGUUGCCAGGGCGCUGCUGUUGAUGGCACCAUCAAUAGCCUUAUGUAAAGACAGAUAGUGUUAUACAUACAUGAACUAAUGUCUCUGUGUGGUAUGAAUCACCACCUUUUAUUUUGUUUUUUGCUCUUUUCUAUUUGCUCUUCUCUUUGAAGUUGAUCCAUUGUACUUUGAUUAAAUGCAUUGUAUUUAGUAAAAUACUGAUAAUGUUUUGGGGAAAUCACACAAAUAAAACAGCUGUACAUAGUGAC